CAAAUGCAAGUGUUGUAAGAUCGAUGCAAUUUCAUUAUUCCACCACUACUCCCUCGUUGACAAUGCAUUUAUUAAUUUUCCCACAUGUAUCGAUCCAUUACACUCUUCCCUCUUUCUUUCCCUCUACAAAAUCUAAAACCCUUUUCAGUUGACUUUCCCGGUACAGAAACACAUCCUUCUGGUUUCCCCUGAAGAAAAAACAGAGUGAGGAAAAAAACAGAGUGUAGAAAAAAACAGGGGAUCCCAAUGGAACCGAUCAUGACCAACAGGAUCGUUGUGGCCAAGACCCACAUCGAUGGUGCCCCGAAAGUGACCGACUUCGAGGUCAAGUCCCAAGUUCUGGUCCAGUCAGCUCAGCCAGCCGGCUCCGUCGUCGUCAGGAACCUCUAUGUGUCGAUUGACCCUUACCAGCUCAACCGCUUGAAGAGUGACUGCUCCCGUCAGCGUUACAGCAAAUUGACCCCAGCCAUUGCUCCUGGAGAGGAAAUAGAUUGUUAUGGAGUUGGGAAAGUUGUGGCUUCAGGGGACCCUGAGUAUCAAGAGGGUGACUUGGUCGCAGGGCUACUGACAUGGGGAGAGUACUGUGUGCUGAAACCAGCAGGAUCCAUGUUCAGGAAACUGGACACCAUGGGAUUCCCUCUCUCGAACCAUGUUGGAGCUUUAGCGAUCAGCGGGCUGGCGGCUUACGCGGGGCUGUUUGAUGUGGGGAAGGCCAAGAAAGGGGAGAAGGUGUUCGUCUCUGCGGCCUCUGGUUCAGUUGGACAUAUGGUUGGGCAGUUUGCCAAGCUCCAUGGCUGCUAUGUGGUUGGCAGUGCUGGAAGCAAGGCAAAAGUGGAGUUGCUGAAAGAAAAGCUGGGUUUUGAUGAUGCCUUCAACUACAAGGAUGCAACUGACCUCAAGGCAACUCUCAAGAAGUAUUUCCCCGACGGGAUCGAUGUGUACUUCGACAACGUAGGAGGAGCGAUGCUGGAGGCAGCAAUCGACAACAUGAACACAUUCGGCAGGGUAGCAGUCUGCGGGGUGAUCUCCCAGUACACAGGCGCAGGAAGAAAGGCUGCCCCUAAUCUGGUGGACGUCGUCUACGAGAGACUGGCAAUCAAAGGGUUCGUAGCAGCCGAUUUCAUGGCCGUCUUCCCCGAGUUCAUCUCGAAAGCCUGCGAGCACAUUAGCUCGGGGAAGAUGGUGUCAAUGGAAGACAUCUCGAUUGGGUUAGACAGCAUUCCUUCUGCAUUUGUCGAUCUCUUCAGUGGGGGCAAUGUGGGGAAGAAGAUUGUCCAGAUUGCACAAGAGUGACUAAACUUAUAUAUCAUUUUUACGUUUUAAUGAUACAUUUUUACGUUUUAUGCUUUUACUCAUCUUUCUGUUUCUGCCUAGAAACGUGCACAUGUGACUGAAUUGGCUUCAACGAAAGGGCAUGUUGCAGGAUCGUCCAAUGAAUCGUGGAGGUCCGGUUCCAGAAUUGCGAGCUUGUCCAAUUUUUUCAGUAUAAUAAAAUAAAAAUAGUUAUAACAUCAUUAUAUAAAAAUAAUUUAAAAUAAAAUUAUCUAUUAACUCUUCAAUUUUUGUAUUCUUUACUUUCAACGAUGUCAUAGCUAAUCCAAUGAAGAAUACUUUUUUCCAUUUUAUAAUAAAAAUAGGACUUUCAG